AUGUCCGGGAUUCUUGCUCAAGUUCCUGUGGUUAAUAAACUGCUAGGACUUGAUGGUAAUCGCCAAGCCAUCAACAUCCCCUCAGUUGAGAUUCAUCACAUUGAGACAAACCCAAGCAAACGGGCAAGAUGUCUAAAGCACCUUUUGAAAGCGAAUCAUGCCAACUACUCAAUCGUCUAUAACAACCUUCAAUACGAUAAUCACAACGCUCAUAUCCUCAGCUCAGCAUACCUCUUGGGAGCAAGUGUUCCUCAACUAAAUGACAUCUAUGACAGAGAAAUCCGCGAGCUGGAGGCAUGGGUACCGUCACCCGCUGAGAUUGGAGAAGAUGACUGGCAAGAGCUUCGCGGUGAUGCUAGGUACCAGCGGGCUUUUGUGGACUUUUUUGAAGACAAGCUCGUUAUGCGAUUCCAUUAUGACUGGCACCAAGAAAUGGAGCAUUAUCUGUUCACCGGCGAUGAGCCUCUAAUCAAUGGUCUGAUCGGUGGUCUCGGGCACCCGCUGAUCCACUUAGGCUAUGCCUUCGAGAUGGAUUGUAAGGAACUUGCCAUGGAAGCUCUUGGACUUGCCUGUGUUCAGCAUGACUUCCUCCACAAGUACCUCGACGACAAGUCGUACACCAGAAAGGCCCCUUUCACCUCGGCCUCCCCGCUAGAUCUUCUCACCAAAUUGUCUAAGGAUGACCGGUUUGAUGCCGUCGGAUUCGGCCUGUAUGAUCUGGAAGAGCUCUUCAGCAAGCAUGAGGAUAUCAUACUGGAGUACUGGAACGCAUGGGAAAUCACAGAUCCUGUGAAGCAGUUCGAACUGUCCCAAGAAGCUGCAGCUGCGUUACUUGUUGCCACAGUCAAGCCAGGCACCCAUGCAUUCAACUUCAUGCUCGUUCAUAUACUAACAACCAGUCAUGCCGUCCGAGUUCUGCUUCCAUUCAUUCCCGAGAAAUAUCAUGUUCCUCUUGUUCGGCAAUGGUGGCUUCUGGCCUUGGGCCUUUUUAUCGUGAAAGGCCGACCACUCCCUGAUCCGGAUAAUGUGGACAGCGAUACCAAACAACGAGGCUGGAAGUACGUGGAGGACAAGGCAGUGAACUCUGACUGGGCUACAGAUGCUCAUUACGUCAAAGCAAUUCGGGCGUUGAAGGAGGCUUCAAAAACAUGGGGCGAUGUUCACGACCGAUACCUUCUGGCUGCCCUGACCUUCGUCGACAACUUCAAAGGAUGGACAUACUGA